GAUAUCAACUUCCAAGCCACUUUCAAUGUCUUCAUCAUAAAGGAUACUUAAGGAACUGCUCACAAUAGAAUCAUCAUCAUCAUCACCAUCAUCAUCCUCAACAUCAUCAUCGUCAUCCUCAACAUCAUCAUCGUCAUCAUCGUCAUCAUCGUCAUCAUCAUCAUCAUCAUCAUCACCAGCAUCAUCACUAUCAUCACGAUCAGCUGAAUAUUCUGUUAUGGUGUCACAUGUCGGUGUAGAUUGCAUUGGUUUUCGCGCGGUUUCACCAAUUCUACAAAGCAAACGAAGGCUACUUCCGGUCAAAUUUGAUAUUUUAGUCACUUUUCAAACUGGUUUUUAAGAGAAAAGAGCUGGUGAUUCGAUCAAAAUCCCCGAUGGCAUCACAAAGCAACAUUUCAUCUUUUCAGAGUUGUGCGAGAGUUGGAGACUGUGUUCUGGAGAAAGGAAGUGAUUUUCAUGCGUUCUGACAAAAUACAAGGAAAUAACUCACACCUCUAAAGAGCAGCAGAAAGAGAUAGAACAGAUAAAAGCAACUAUUAAAAAGAAGACGUCAGAGCAUGAGUCUAGUCAACAGAAGAUUAAAUCAUUAGAACAGCAAGUAAAGAAAUCACAGAAAACCAUUUCAGAUUUGAAUGGUCAGGUGAAUGAUCUGCAAGGAAAGGUGUAUGCUGGUGAGGAAGAAUGUUCUCAUCUUGAGCACAAUAUUGGUACAUUAGAAAAACAGAAACAACAACUUGAUACCAGCAAAGAAAUGCUUGAAGAUGAAAUUAAAGGAUGGAAUGAAAGAGUCUCCGAACUUUCAGAACAGAUUAAAUUGAUUACAACAGAGAAGAAAGAUAUGGAGGAAUCAUUAACAUACAAAGACAAUGAAAUAGAGGUAUUAAAAGACUGUCUACUACAACUCAAAGGAUUGGAACAUAUACAAAAAGAAGGACCAGAGGUUGACUCGGAAUCUAGAAUACAACAGCUUAUGGAUGUUACAAGAGUGAAUGCUAAGCUAUCUCUGAUUCAGAAGGAGCGUGAUGAGAUACAACAGAAAUUAGAUGAUGAGGUGAAGUGUGGACGAGAUCUGGAAUCUAAGGUAGGAAUGCUACAUCACGAGAUUGAUGCACUGCGUAUGGAACAUUCCAAGGCUCAGAGUAACCUAGGUGAAACUAAGACAAAGAUGGAGGUUCUCCAGGAGUACUUCAAGGGAAAGGAAGUCGAACUACAAAGGAAACUUGGAAGAGAGGAAGCCUUGAAACUACAAAGUGAAGAACAGCUCACAUCACUAAGUGAAAAGGCAAUAAAUGCUGAAGUAGAUUUGAAUAAUUACAGACAACAAAUUGCAGAUCUGAAAUCAGAAUUGGAGAAAUCUGAAAGAAAUUAUAAAACUCAGAUUGCUGCACAUGAAAAGAAGACACAUGAACACUGGUUGUCUUCAAGAACGGCAGAAAGAGAGCUCCAGGAAGCAAAGAUGGAAGCUGCUUCAUUAAGACACAGAUUAACAGAACUAGAAGGAAGGCGAGCUACAUCUGAGAAUGCUCCUCUCGUCAAACCUCAGGCUGCAGCACCAUCCCCAAUGAGAGUAGUGUCUCCAUCAUAUGGACCAGGUGACCGAGGCAGCAAGAUGUCCAGGAGAGGUCCAAGCAGGAACAGCAUAAUAGAAGCAGACGCACCGUCGCCGCCAUUGAUUGACCCUCGCCAUAGAGGUUCACCAGGGUCCAGGUCCAGGAUGUCCCCGCCCAUGAUGGAUCGAGACAUGCCACCACCCCACCCUGAUGACUACCUCCCACCCCCAAUGCAUCGGGAUAUGGGCCCCUCCCCUUACAGAGAAGUCUUGCCACACCAUCCGGACUUUGGUCCACCCGGCCCGGGACCUUACAACGAUCCCUACGGUCCACCUCCACCUCAUGGACCCCCUCCACAUGGUGGUUUCUCUCCAGAGUUUGGACCCCAUCCUGAUGAUAUGGAUUUUGGCCCCCAUGGACCGGGAGACUUUGGCCCCCCUAUGAGACUCCCUCCCCCUGGGAGGGGCGAGUUUGAUCCUCAUGGCCCUCCUCCACCAAUGCCGAUGGGUCCUGACUUUGACCCCAUGUUUGGACCUCCACCACCCCAUGGAAUGGAUCCCAUGCUUGGUCCUGGACCAUUCCCAAGGAAUGGUCCACCACCUUUUGAUAGAAGAGGCCCUCCCCCUGCUAUGAGACCUAGCAGUAGAUCAGGACCUGGGGGUGCACCUGAUGGACCAAUGGGUGGUCCUAGAACGUCAUCACCAAUGGUUACACCUGAUGGUCAACGGGGGCCUCGAGGUCCACCUCCUAGACAGCCUUCCAAUAUGCAGGCAUGAGAGAGAGAGCUGUUUAGAGUGAUACACCCACAUAGGCAGCUUCCAUCUUCAACAGUUUGAUAUCAGUAUGAAAGAUAGAGCCAUUGCUGAUAUUGGUGGAAGAGUAGCAGCAAAGACUUCUAUUUAUUACAAAAAUAUAUGCGGAGGAAGGAAGAUUGAUAUUAUUACAUGUAAAACAUGGUUUCCUCUCAUCACACAUUCUGUGUCACACAUUCAAGGCUUGCUUACUUAACAGUGCAGUCAAACCUGUGUUAGUGGUCACCUCUCUAUAGUAGCCACCUUCAUAUAGUGACCACUAGGACCAAUUCCCAUGAAGGCAGAUUGUGUGUAUAAGAACCUGGCUAUAGCAGCCACCCAUCUAUGAAGGCCACAUUUGUGCUUCGCUUGGGUGGUCACUAUAGACAAGUUUUGUUGUAUGUUGAUAUUUAUAGAUUGUGGUGGGUGUUUUACAUAGAGUGAAGCCUGACUGAAAGUCAUGCUGAAGUGCCUACGUGCACAUAUGGGUUAUAUACCACAGUUGGUUUCAAGUGUGACUUUUUGUCAGAUUUAAAUCUUUGUGAAACAUUGCUGAGUGUUUAUGAGGAAGAAUUUCAGUAGGGAAAAUGAAAGUUUGAUAAUUUCAUAAUAAUUGUAAUGCAGAUAAUUUAUUUAGUGAAUUGAAAUACGAGUUGCAACAAUAGAUGCAUUUACCGCUGUGCUAAAAUAUUUAGAUCAUUUCCGUUGCAUUAUCUCUAUUGUGACCACUAUCAUAUUUGACAGUUCGUAAUAUUGAGUGAUUUCAAGUACUUUGUUAAUGUUAGUGUUGGUGUUAAGAGCAUGAAGGAAUGUUGAGAACUUAGCUUCAACAUUUGACAGUCAUUUGAUGCCAUUACCGAUGGCUCAGCACCUUUGUGCAGUUACACAAAAAAGUUUUGAUGAUGAAUGAGUGAGAAAUUAGUGAGAAAUGGAACUCAGAUGUCAUAUAAAGACUGUAAAAUCUGAAAUUGCCUUGAAAAAUCGAAUGGAAUAUGUUAUAAUUGUCUAAGAUGUAUUAAUUUGCAAUGAUUUGCAGUCAUUUUUAACUGUAAGGAUUAUUUUAUUAUGUUCUCAUUAUCUGGAGAUUUUGAAUACGAACAUGAACACUUAAUUUGAAAUUAUUUCUCAAUCCCCAGAGUUUUAGUGAAUGGUGAAAUUAUGUGUAAAUUGUCAUUCACUGUGAUAUUCUUUUCUGCAGACAAUGUUCCACAAAAAUACUUCAUAAUUCCGUGGUCGAUUCUAACACCAACUUACAACACUGUAUUUGAACUCACCCACUCACCCAGUAUGUUAAAUUCAACAUUUUAGGCAAGUGAGCCUUAACCUUGUUAACAGUAAGCUAGUCUAUAUUUAUUUUUGAUUGCCAGUAUUGUCUUGAGGUAAAUGAUUUUUUUUUUUCAAACUUCUUGAGACUAGUUAUUCAUAAAGAUUCAUUUUAUCAUUCUCGUCUAAUUAUGAUAUUGUAAUUUUCCAUGUAAGAUAUUUUUAAAUGCAUUUGGGCAUGCACAAUGCUUAUGCUAGUUAAAGAAUAUAGUCCCUUUCUAGGAGUUACUCUGUGUAUCAUUUUGAAAGUGCAAUGAAGAUAGGUUGAUCUGAAGUUGUUAGCAUUAUUUCAUAUCAUUUGAAAUUUUCUUUGUGAAAAUGUGUUUUCACUGAGAAUUUUUUGGAGGAUUUGAGUAGUUAUUCAAUCAGGAAUGAAAGUUAAUAUAGAUUACAAGCUUGCAUUGAGACACUUGUAGAAUGGUAGCCUUUUGACAAGACUUUUUUUUUUUACCAUUACACGAUAAUUGACAAAAAAAUGGCCCAGUGAUUAAGACUGCAAACAAUGAAUUGGGUGAGCCAUUUAUAUAUAUAUUGCCAGUUGAGUAAAUACUUGAAUAUUCAUUACUCUGUCCUGGGGCCCACAAUUACGACAAUUGACCAAUCAAAAUGAUCGUCUCUAACCCCUCCACAAUGAUAUUCAUUGUUAAUGUCUAUGGGUUGAGCUGUCAUGAAAAAUGGCUCCUAAUUGGGUAUUAUCAUAUUGGUAGCAGAUAAGAAAUGAGAUGCAAAAAGGCCACCUUGCUGUGCUCAGUAGUAUAGUCUUUCCACUUCAGACCCUUUACAUUAUACAGAGGGAGUUCUUGACAAAAGGCUACUAGAAUUGUGAUGAAGCAAUGGGUUAUUCUAUCAGACUACUUGAUAGAACAAAACAGCAACCUCUAUCACUCUAUUUUAUUUCUUAGUUGAAAUUAAACUACUUACCCAUUAAGUGCCAAAUAUAUAUUUUCCUGUUGUGCUUUCCUGCUCUACAAUAUUUCUGUAUUCACUUGAGGCUAAUCUUGAGUGCUAACAUUUUGGAUAAUCUAGAAUUAUUAAAUUUAGUUCUUAAAAGUUUGGUGCUCAAAAUGUAAUAAUUAGAAAUUGUUUGCAGCAUAAUAGAGAAAUGGAUAAGCACAAUUUUUCUGUUUCUUACUCUUUCAUCUUGAUGUUUCUUUCUUUUUUGUGUAAAUUUCCGGAGCAUGGUAUUGAUAAAGCUAUCAGUCAAAACUUCCCUGGACAUGUUGAAAUAUUGAAUUAAAGAGAUGACAUCUCAAAAUUAUACUUCA